AGGUGGCGGUAAAAAGGUUUCCGCCCGGAGACGAAAGGCGAAGAAGAAGUAAAAGAAGCAUGGCUGCAGACAUGAGAUUACCAUCUAUUCGAAAAGCAGUGUCUUUAUUAGACUCUGCUUUUGACAGAAAAGAUCUCGUCGUCCCCGGCGAUGUUAUCACUUCAGACACGGGGUUUAUGAGGUAAGUCCAUUAGCCUAAGUGGACUGGUUGUAAUGAAUAUUAGCCACUCAAUGCAGCUAAGGAAGAGCUUGAUUUGAUGCUCGUUGUUGCCUAUCGUUGUGUUUGGCUGUAUUCCUUAUUACCUCUGCACUAUCUUUACACCAUUUAUUUCCAGGGGUCAUGGUACCUAUGUUGAUGAAGAGAAGCUCACAGCAUCUGUUGCUGGAGAGGUGCAGAGAGUAGACAAGCUCAUCUGUGUCAGACCACUUAAGACCAGGUAAGACGGUACAUUUGUUGACUAAAACAUCUGAAAGUUGUUGUAGAAGUUAAAGGAUGAUGAUUUUAUUGUGUGCCAACGAUUUGCAGGUUUAAUGGGGAGGUUGGUGAUGUAAUUGUUGGCAGAAUCACAGAGGUGAGACACUUUUUCUGACUUAUCCACACAUAGGGGAGAGUGGGGUAAGUUGAGCCACCCCCGUUGCUUGGAAACGGUAAAAGAAAUUGAUCAUGUGACCAAAUAUUUAGGAGAUGGGCAUCAAUUCAUGGAGUCUGUGAAGGUUAGAAGCACAUGGGUGGAUGGGUUAGACAUUUAUUUAAAAAAAAAAAAAAAAACAGGGAUACAGCUCAACUAACCCUGCUCCUAUGGUCAACUUACACGGGGUAAGUUGACCAUAGGAGACUACUUUCUUUGGCAUGCUAUAUUAUCAAGACAGUUCUGUUUACACUCAUUCUGUUGGUUUGCAGGGAUGCACAAUAUCUUGAAAUAUAUGCAGAUACACAAGUUAGAGACAAAACUAUGUUUGCCUUGAUGUAGUGAUCCGAAAUAUGAAAAGUGACUCAUCUUACCCCACUCUCCCCUACAUGCUGGCAAAUACAGUACAUUUUAAAGUAGAAUACAGUAGUUCAACAAGCUUUGCCUCCUAUGAUAUGUUUUAUGUGUUUUUCCUGUAGGUACAACAAAAACGAUGGAAGGUGGAGACCAACUCCCGCUUGGACUCUGUGCUUUUAUUGUCUGCUGUCAAUCUGCCUGGAGGAGAACUGGUGAGAUGUUUGAAAAUUUUAAUCAUAUGGAGGAAAAUAAAUAUUGCUGUGCUCUGUAUGCUGGACAAGCUUGUUUUCAAAGUACAGAACAUUGAUAGGUGUGGAAAGGGAAGAUUGUAAAUGAGUGAGUUUAUUUAUUUCUGAAGAUCUUUGGUUUGAUUUUAUCUUUCAGAGGAGACGAUCGGCAGAAGAUGAGCUUACCAUGAGGGAGUAUCUUCAAGAGGGCGACCUUAUCAGUGUAAAUUAUUUUUUCAUGGAUGUUUCUAUUUUCUUGUAUGUAACUCCAAUUCUAAUUCUCUUGUCAUCAUUUUCCUGUGCUUACAGGCCGAGGUACAGUCUGUCUUCUCAGAUGGAGCCCUCUCUCUUCACACCCGUAGUUUGAAGUAUGGGAAAGUAAGUUAAACCAAAGUUCACAUGGAUGUCAUGAGUAUAGGUAUGGGAUAAUCCUAAUAAAAUGGUUGAGCUUGUGCCAGAUCUUAAUGUUUGUAUUUAAGUUCAUAAACUUGAAAUGCUUACAAGAGCCAUAAUACUCUUGAGUUUCAACAGUGGGGUCAGUGGUGUGUGUUGAAACUUCAAGAAAAAAAACAAACACGCUGAAGGGUUGUAGCUACGUAGUUGUGGCUGUUAUUCUAAAUGAUACCACAUAGAAGCAGCAGAAAACACAGUAAAGAACAGUACUGCAGACAAAUCAGGGCUAAAUGAGUGACUACAAUGCAAUCUUUCAUUGUUUAUUGUAAAAAAAAAAGGAACAUUCUAAUUCCUAUAUUGAAAAAAAUAGGCCUACCUGAUUCUGAAGCAUGUGUUGAAGCAGUUCAAUUGAGCUGUCCUUUGCACUAAAUCACAGGCUGCUAAACAUAGUGAUUUUGCUUCUUAAUGUUUCUCAUUACUUUCUUGCAGCACAAAUUCUAGCUUCGGUUUUGUGACUGAAAACUCGUACUAACUGAUCAUCUGACCUCACUGUCUUUUAUUUAUUUCUUCCGUUUUAUCAGCUGGGUCAAGGAGUUCUAGUGCAGCUCUCUCCUUCACUGAUCAAAAGGCAGAAAACACAUUUCCACAAUCUGCCUUGUGGUGCGUCCAUAAUCCUGGGGAAUAACGGCUUUGUGUGGUUAUAUCCAACUCCAGGGCAACAGGAUGAAGAAGCUGGAGGUUUCUACACCAGUCUGGAGGUAGGAACUUCAGCAGCAGAGAGCAGAAUCCUAUAGAUAAAACUAUAAAAGUAUACAUUAUUACACACUGAUGUCUAAGCUAGACAAAUAAUAUCCAUGGCACAGAUAUCUACAAUCCUGAGCUACAAAUGGUAUGAAUCAAAUAUGUAUGUAAAAACCAUACUGGCUCAAAUCUAAAGCAGUCCUUCUUUUUUAAGGCAAAAAAGGCUUUUUUAAAUUCAGAUCAAUAUACUUAUCUCAAAAGAGGACACACUUGGUUUAAAGUCAUUUUGAUCCCCUCCUUUUUAAAUUUCCCAAUGUGUUGUCUUCGUUUAUGUUAAUCUAAUCUGUUGGUCUCAUCAUGGCUCUGUUGUUUCAGCCUGUCAGUCUUGCAGACCGUGAAGUGAUUUCUCGGUUAAGGAACUGUCUUCUGGCUCUGGCCGCACACAAAGUCCUUUUGUACGACACCAGUGUUCUCUACUGCUAUGAGUCUUCAGUUCAGCACCAGGUAUGUAGCAGUGAAACAGAAUUUAUGAACUGUUUCGGAUUAUUGCAGAACUUCACCCACCAUUUCACAAUGUGACGCAAUUCAACUGAAAGAUUUUCUGUAGUGCAUGUGCCAUCUUGUGGUCAAAUUGUAUAACUGCAGAAAUCAUUUCUUAUAGUCCUCAACUGGGACUCUGCUGGUCUAAAAUCAUCUAUCAAAAAUGGUGUAUGUGGAGAACAGAUGAGUUAAUCACUAAUUCUUCACAUCAGUUUUGCAGUCAGCAUGUUAGCUUACAGGAUGACCACAUUGUGUUGGUGCAGUUAAUUAUCUGCAGUAGUUUUCUCUUGAGCUAGUAACCCAACUUAUGACAGCUUAACCUAUAUGUUUUUUUAAAUUACUGGGCCACAACACAUAAGCUGCAACUCUAAGUACACUAAAGUAAGCAUUAUUGCCUAAGACUGUAGCUCUGACAUAGUAUCUUCUAGUCAUUAAAAAAGCAACAAAAUAUGUGAUCUAAAAACAGAAAGUGUUUGUAGAUUUGCUGCUUUAACAAGUCAAAAAUAAAUUUGUGUUAGAGCCAUUUGUGCACUACUAAUAAUUUGACAGAUAAUUAAUAAUUUUUCACAUUUAUCCUGAUUAGAAUUCUGAGAGACUGAACAGUUGUAUAGUUUUACUUUAAAGUUUAAUUGAAGCCGAUUACUACUGCAGCUCUCCUGUUGAAGGAGACAUGUAAUGUGAGACCUAUGGGUUUUUUUGGGUAAUUAGUGCAGCUGUGGGUCUUUGAGAGCACAACAGUUUUUAACCGUGUUUACAUCGGGUCUCGAUUUCGUCAUUAUUAUUUGUAAAAAGUAUUGUUUUUUUAUGCAAAGUAAACCUCCAGGUAAAUUCAAGACAGAAAGAUUGAUAACCAUGGUGUUUUAUUAUGGAAAUACGCAUCAACUACAUGCUCUUGUUUGUCACCUCAGAGGGUCUUCAAUCAUUAGAUAGAGCUGCACUCACAAUUUGCAUAAUCUAUUUCCUUGCUGAUGUUUUCCUCAAGUUUCCAAGUAAAGUAUCUCUAUCUGCCCUGUGCCAUCUCUAUAGGUCAAAGACAUCUUGAAGCCAGAAGUGAUGGAGGAGAUUGUCAUGUUGACUCAACAGAAGCUGCUGGAACAGGAAGGUUAAAGAUCCUUACUGUGACCUUGUAACAAAACUGUAAUCACAUACUGCCGCUUCAAAGGGACCAUGCAUUCACAGACUUAACUGACCUUUUUCAAACCCUCCUUACCAAUAUGAGGAUCAGUUGUAUUGUUAAGAAGUGCAUCUGGGCUUAUGAAACUGGUCGUCAGUGUUCAACUAUCAUUGCGAACAGUCUUCAAAGAUAUGAAGCAUUCUAGAUCUCUAUUGCAGCUGUACCUAAGUUUUGCAUUUGGUAACACGGUGUUCUAGAAAUGUUUUGUAAAAUAAAUUUUCUAUAAUUUUCAGUACUUCUCACUGUUGUGUGUUUUGUCUAAUAUUACAAAAUGUAAUGCCCCACUGUGUUGCUUUGCAAUGUCUCAUGCAUUGAUGUGUGACAUUUUUUGUAGGUCAUUUUCUUAAGAUAAGAAGAACUUUAUUUAUCCUCAAGGGGAAAUUUGACAUUACCUCAGAAAUUUGAAAUAUUCCUUCAAACUGAGAAAAAAAGAGCCUGUCUUUAACUGCUUUAUCUUUUAUUUUUACAUUUGACUCACAAUAUACAGAUUAGAUUUAAAGCUGAUGAAGACCAUGCAAAAUUUUAAUAAAAUGUUGAUGUUUUAAUGGCCACUUUUUGUUUGUCACUUUUCAACAGCUUUUCCCCAACGUUUGAAAAUAAAGUUUUAUUUCACUCAUCACCAUUCCUAUGAAACUGGAGAACUAUACAGGCACAAUUUAUGUAUAUUUUCAAAUAAAACUGAACGGAUCUGGUGCAUUUUACUGGAAGCAGAGGGCCAGGUCUGAAGUAAAACCUGUGGAAUAGAUUUUAAGGUUGCUUUAUUGGUUUUUAAAGCUCUUAAUGGCUUUGGCCCAUCUUCUCUAUCUGAUCUUCUUUUACCUUAUGAGCCAAGUAGAGCCCUCAGGUCUUCAGGAAGUUCUCUGUUAACAUUACCUAAAGUUAAAAACCAAGACAUACGGUAAGGCAUCUUUUUAUUAAUUUGUCCCCCAUCUAUGGAACAGUUUACCUGAAGACCUGAGGACUGCACAUAAUCUUAAUUAUUAAAACCAAACUCAAAACAUACCUUUUUAGUCCUGCUUUUAAUUAAAUUUUAGAUCUUUAACUUUGUUAAACUGGUUUAGCAUUCAUCCCUUUUUAGUUUUAAGGACAGGAUCGUCUUUUAUUGAGCUAUUUUGGUGCUCUCAUUUUAGUAUCUUCUAUUGUUUUUUUUUUGUUUUUUUUAAAUUUCAUUUUAUGUAUUAUUUCUUAAAUUUCAUUCUGUUACUUUGUUUUGAGAUGUUUUAAGAUUUUAACCUAAACCUCCAGUGUUCUUAUCUUGAGUUUUAAACUGAUGUUUCCUCAGUGCGCACAUUCCUGUUUCCAAAAAAUCAUGCCCUUUUUUAAGUUUAUGCAUUUUAAUAUUGUUUCUGUUGUAUUUAGAUCGUGGCUUGGGAAUGAGGGGUUGGGCUGGGGUAGAAUUGGGUAUUCUUAUAAUCUAGGGUUGGGGUAGAUUUGGGUAUUCUUUGUUUUUUUUUUCUUUUUCUUUUUCUGUGUAAAGCACUUUGUAUGAUGGCCAAGAACCGUCACUGCUGCAAAUAAAUAAAAAAUAAAUAAAUAAAUGUUUCCCUGUGUGGUACACAGGGAAACACAAACAAACAU